ACAAAAUAUCAGUAUAGAUAGAAAGUUAAAAUAAAAUUUCUUUUCGUGUAUAAAUAAUAAAUAAAUAAAAUUUGCGUUAAAAGUUUGGAAAUAUUGAGUGGUUUGUGUCCGUCCUAACUAACUACGUUCCAAUUUAACGGCAAUAUUUGAAAUAAGUUGUGACCAGCAAUCCGGACAUCAGGAUGAGCAAUGAAUUUCGGUUGUUUCAAAAGAUAACUCCUGAAGAGGAAGAGCAAUUGCGUUUGCAAUGGGCUGAAACAACUUUUAACCAUGGAACGGAUCCCAUGAAAACUAUUUCACGCCAGCAGCUCGAUGAGUCGAAGAAUAUUGAUAUGUCGUUUAGCGAUUGGAAACUAUAUAAACGCGCCCUAAAUCAAGCAGCUUCUUCGUCACAAUCUCCGUCACUUCCAACUAGCAACAACACUCGUUCUCAGAAUUAUGCAAAUAACAACACGGGUAAGGUAACUAACCAAAAGAUGCCUCAAAAAAAUAACUGGAACCGUAACAACAUGUCACAUCGCUCACCAAAUCAAAAUGCUGCACCGAAUGUGACGAAAGUUAAUGGGCCUAAUCGUGUAAAUAACGGUUCACAAAAUCAUCCAAAUCAAAAAAAUGUACAAAAUACUUGGGUACUUAAGCCUCCAAUGCCACCACCAAUGCACGCCGUAACACCUGAGACUAAGGAGGAGAAACAGCGCAUGUGGCGAGAGUAUAGACAAGCUAUGAAACCAUUUAAAAACCGGGAAUUCGCAAACGCUAAACGCACCAUUCAACGACUAGGUAAACGUAAUCCUGAAGAUCUCGAUCAAAAGGAACGCGUAAGGUUGCAACGUGCCCAGGAGACAGUUUCAGCACAUAAAAUGAUGUUAAGCCAAAAGUCAGCAAUGCGCUGGAUACGCAAUCAGGACCAAAAAGGUAUGCCACCAGGUCAAAAUCUAAGCAAUUAUUGCAGUGGUUAUGAUGAUUUCCCUGAUGAGCCACUGGAUGGCAAUGAAGAGCGGUCACCAUCGCCUUGGGACCAAUUAAACAAGAGCAAAUUACAAAUAUAUAUUAGAAAACAAAACAGCUCACCAUUAAGCAAGUUCAAUCAACCAGAAUCGGCAAACCGAUCUUUCGAACUUGUUGGUGGUAUUCGGCAGGCCGGACAGAAUGCACAAUGGGCAGGUCAAUGGAAGCAACGAAAUGGCAGUCUUAAUGGAGGUAGCAGCAACCAAUGGGCUCCCUUGAACAAUUCCUCAAACAAUUACAAAAACAACUCAAUUAAUGGACUCUUCAACUCCCAUUUAUUUCGAUAAGUAUCCACUGUUUAAUUUACACAUAAAACUAUAAACACUACCAGACAUGCAAAUAUUAUACAUACUUAGUUCUCUCCUGUUUUAGAUAAAAAUGUCUAUACCUUUAAGAAAUUACAAUUAUAAUUACAAUUACAAUUACAAGUUCGUCAUUAUAUCGCUUAAGCUCCUGUUGCGUGAGAGCGGUGAAGUAAAAUUUUAUGAAAAUUAUUUAGCUCGGUUAUGAUCGAUCCAUUUGUUACGAUGGCUGAAUAUGCUGAAUGUAAAUGAGUAUAUGAAGCAUAAUCGAUAUCAUUAAUAUAAGCUCUGGGUACUGGGGUUGGGCUCUGGGACACAUAUGUAAGAACUUUGUACUGAAUUGUAAAUCAAAUUGAAAGUAAAGCGAUUGUGUUAAUCGUAGUUCCCAUUUUUGAAAAAUUGUUUGUAUUUAACAAGUAAAUAAGACUAAUUAACAAUAUUAAUAGCAUAAAUGAAAUAAAAACCAAACUAGCGUAAGAUUUUUAUAACUCAAACAUAGAAUGCCCCAAAGACCAACUUUCACAGUACUCCAAAUUUAAUAAGUAUAUACAUAUAUAUAUAUUUUUUUUUUUGUAUAAUAGUAUAAGGUUAUAAUUACUUUGUUAUAGUCCAAAAUAUAGAAGCCCGUUCCAAUAUAAAAACAAGGAACCAUGUCAACUGCUCUUAGCGUGCUGAACAUAAGAGGAAUAUCUUGCAGUUAACUAUGUAUUUCAGAUGGUACUUCUUAAAUUAAAGGAUGUCUGCUUUGACAAGUUAUCUUGUUAAAUGGAUAAACCUACCAGUGCUACGCGAGACUUAAAUUCGCUAAAUAAAUACCACUGCUCCUCAACUACAAGGACAAACAUUAGAAAUAUGUUUAGUUUAGUUUUAAUUAUCCCAGAUAUUCCGAUUUAAAAUGGAUCGUUCCAUUUAAUCUUAACUAUUUGAUAUAAGUGCUAUUGGGAUUAGGGCCACGUAUUGUAAUAAGCGUACUUAUUGUACUGUUCACAAAAUGGCUGGAUUUUAACAUUUCAAACGUUAUACCAUACAUAUAUUAUUAUAAUAUUUUUAUUA